GAGGUAGAAGUGGUGUUUCCGCAGAUCUGUGGGGCUUUCUAUAAGGCUACCAUUGUGGAUUUGCAGGUGGAAGAACAGAAGGCCCUCCUCUCCUUCGAAGACAACUGGAAAACGGACUCAUGGGCCGAACUGGAUCACAUCCGCUUUCUCCCAGACAUUCCAACCAGCAGUUUCAUCCAACCAGGCUCAAAAGUGGAGGCUCUCCUUCCCCACCAGGACAACGAGCCUCCAGGAUGGUGGAACGGAACACUUCUCAAGUCCAAAGGAGAGCUACAUGUGGUGGAAUUCCAAUCAGGCAACGAGAAAUACCAAGACAUUGUUGACCAGGACAAGAUAAGACCACCCAACAACAAAGAGCCGCUAUCCAAAUGUCAGUUUGUCAGUCGGGAAUAUUCCGUACCAGAAGAUCUCCAGUCAUUCUGUGAUAAACCAGCCAUUCAUGAAAACUUUCGCAAGAGGAUCGGCGCUGUGUGUGUCCAUUACUCCAUGGACAAAGGGAGCCUUGUGGUCCAGGCCAGCAGUGAAGAGUCGAUGGACAAAGCGUCUCUACUGAUAGACAUGCAUCUGAGAGACCUGAGGACCCACAAGCAACUCAUGGAUAGAGCCGAUGCCGUUGCACAAAGGCAGCAGCGAAGGCAGCUGGACUCCGGAGUAUACGAGCAGCAGAUACAUGUGGUCAGCGACCUGGUCGGACUGGCCAUCGGUCGCGACGGGCACAACGUGAACGAGGUCCGGAAACUGGACGGAAUCCUGUCGGUCGAGUUUGAGGACUACAAUCAGAUGUUCAGAGUGAGAGCCAAGACUCCAGAGGUGCUAACGAAGGCAAAGGAGCUGCUGGAGAUUGUCAGAAAGACAGUCAUGAUCCCAAAGAACCUCGCUGAAAUUCUGGAAAAAUCUGGAGUUAAUAACAUCCGUGUCCUUGGCGACGACGAAUCCUCCAGCAAAGAAAGUGCCUCCUCCUCUUCCGAGUCUUCUCCUUCUUCUGAGGUUCCGUUUGACUUCAUUGGUCGAAAAGCUGCAGUGGAGAAUGCAGUGCUCAUGUUGGAGUACCAUCUGGACCACUUGAAGAAUUUGGAGACAAUACUUCAGUCGCGGGAGUUUGACGCCCAAUCAACUGAUGAGCCACCGACGUACUACCCUGCACCUCACAGGCCAUUCCGGAGAGGAGGAAGGAGAGGGGGAGAGGAGAGAGGGAGGGGAGUGGAGAGCUGGGGAGGAAGGGGAGGGGAGGAGAGAGGGAGAGCUGGGGAGAGCUGGGGAGGAAGAAGAGGCGGAGUGGAGAGCUGGGGAGGAAGGGGAGGGGAGGAGAGAGGGAGAGGAGGGGAGAGCUGGGGAGGAAGGGGAGUGGAGAGGUGGGGAGAGGAGAGAGGGAGGGGAGUGGAGCAGUGGGGAGGGAGGGGAGGUGAGGAAAGGGGAAAUUGGGGAGGGAGGGGAAAUUGGGGAGAGAGGGAAGGAGGGGGGAGAGGGGGAGGAAGGUGGAGAGAGAGGGGAAGAGAUUUUGGGAGGAAAAGAGACGAAGAAGAACGACAUACAUCAGAAUCAGGGUAUGCUGACCACACCCAUUCCUCCGCCCCCACUCAAGACACGGUUGCCGCUGGCAAUGAAGACGAGAUAUACCAAUCGUCGGAGGAGUCAAACUCCGUUGAGGAGGAGGAGGAAGAGGAGGUGGAACAGAGGAACGGCCAAGAUCACAGUGAUGGCGAAAAGGCAAGUGAACAAAACUCCCACUUAUUUUGAACGUGACAGUCUAACAAUGAGACCCAGUCCAAGAAUAGGUUUCCUUUUUUUAGUGAUAGUUUCAACCCUUAUAUGUACAUAAUAUGCUGCCAUAGUUGAGGCACAUUAAUUUGUAAGGCAAGGACAUUUCUGCACACAUGUAUAGAAGAAAAAGUUUGUGUCGUGAUGUUCUAUUUAGAGCCCACCAGAGUCGGAGGAGCAGGGACCGGACCGGAGGCGGCAGCAAGGUCCACCUCGCCAGCAGCAAAGAGGAGG